AUUUACAUUUUACUCAUAUACAUAAUUUAAAUAACAUAAUUAAUACUAUAAUAUUUUUUUUACUAAACAAAAAUACUGGCUUCUACUUCUAGUUUCUACUGGACUACUGGUACAACUUCUGCUUACGAGCUAGCUAUUAUAUAUUUAAAUUAUUUAUGGCUUACGACUGAUACUGAUACUAUGGCUUUUUUUUAAAUAAAAUGAUAAUAAAUAGCGUGUUCCUAUUAUAAAUUUAUCAUGUAUAACUUACUUAAAAUAAUUAUAUAUCGUUUAUGGGUUUUUGCAUCGUUAGUUAUAAUAUCUAGUGGUCUAUUACUUUGGUUUUAUGGACAACUUCUAGCAUUCACUGUGUUUAUAUUGGGAAUUUGUGGUGUUUUGUACACUGCUCAAGAUCUGUUGUUGUAUUAUCCAAAUGACCCACCUGAUUCAAGAACAUUUGUACUUCAACCCAGCAACUUCCAAUUACCAUAUGAAAACAUAAAAAUAACAACAAAUGAUGGUUAUAAGAUACAUUUGUAUCUCAUAAAACAAUUGAGUAAUAGUAAUCACAUCCCAACUAUGAUAUUUUUCCAUGGAAAUGCAGGAAAUAUGGGCCAAAGAUUGACUAAUGUUUCCAAGCUAUAUCACAAAUUAAAUAUAAAUAUUUUGCUUGUGGAGUAUCGGGGCUAUGGUCUGUCUGAGGGUUCGCCUUCAGAAACUGGGCUCUAUACCGAUGCCCAGGCAGCCUUUGACUACAUAAUGCAGAGGAGUGAUGUAGACCGCAGUAAAAUCCUUUUAUUUGGGAGGUCACUAGGUGGAGCUAUAGCAAUAGAUUUAGCAUCUAGGAUAGAGAAUAGAAAUAAAAUAUGGGCUAUGAUCGUUGAAAACACAUUUACAAGUAUACCUGACAUGGCUAAAAUAUUAUUAAAAUGGAGAAUUCUUUCAUGGUUGCCACAAUUUUGUCAUAAAAAUAAGUACAUGUCCUUAAUGAAGAUGAGGAGUGUAUUGACACCAACACUGGUUAUUUCUGGCUCGAAUGAUUUAUUAGUUCCUCCAAUUAUGGGAAAAGAAUUAUAUGUGAGAUGCGGAGCUGUGUAUCGAAACCUGGCUGUCAUGCCCGGGGGUGAUCAUGAUAACACAUGGACUUGCAUUGACUAUUACAGCACAAUACAGCAGUUUCUUGAUCAUGUCCCAGAGCUGCCCGAGAGUGUGUCACCAUUGUAUGAAACAAAUGAUAAUGACUCUCAGCUUGUGCAUAUAGUGUGAACUAUGGUUUAUGUUGCUUCUCAAUUUGGUCAUAGUACAAAGUAAUGAUAUAGGAAAUUUUAUUAGUGAAUGUAUUCAUUCUGGUAUUCUGGCAUGAUAUAGUGAUAAUAGCAAUGCCGUUUGUGACAUCCACUGACAGUGUAAAGUGUACAUCAUCAGUGUUAGCAAUAGUGAAGUUGCCUUAUAUGUGUCUACAGUCUAGAUAGUCAAUUAUAUGCAUGUUUAAAUUUAUUAUCUAUAUUUUUAUAAGUCUGCACAAUUUAUUUUUAAGCAAUAUUUUUUAGCAUUGUUAAAAUUUUAUGCCCAAAUAAAUUAUAUAGUGUUCAUAAAA